GAUCCACUGCCCUCAGCCUCCCAAAGUGCUGGGAUUACAGUUGUGAGCCACCAGGCCCUGCUGACAUUAAGUGUCUUUUGAUGGCAUCUGGUCAGAACGACAGUAAACUGUCAAAGAUGGCGUUUGGGGCAAGAGAAAAAUGAAUGUGCCAGAUCUCACGUGUGUGUGAAUCUUGCAGCCAGGGCUGGAAGGCAGGGGCACUGCUUCCCCGUGGAGGGUGAGGAAAGGGGGUGAGAACCUGGAGAGUAAGGCCCUGGGGAGGCCAGCGAUUCUGAGGGAGCUGUGGUCCUCACUUAGCUGGGGUGGGUGGUUGGUGAAUGAUUGUGCUGGUCAUUGUGGGUUGAGGGGCUCCCGACUUCAGGGCUUGUUCCCCGAGGGCCUCCUGCAGGGUGAGCCCACAGCGGUGGGGCCAGAGCCCUCUGGUUUCUGGUCAGUCAGCGGUGGGGCCUGGGCCAGGUUUCGGUUUUUCCCAAGUGGACUGCUGUCUUUACAGGCGGCCUGGCCCGAUCUUCCUGGAGAUAAAACCUGUUUGUUCAGUGUGGGAGGAGGGAGAGGGACUUUCAUCUGAAGCAUUUGCAGCAGUCCCUGGAUGUGUCUGGCCUGCAGGCAGUCCUCUCUUCCUUGCUUCUGUGAGGCUGCGUUCCAGCUGGAGUGGCCCUCAGCUUCCAUCAGGUGGUCCUGCAGCCCUUCUCUGCAGUUCCCAGGGGGCUCGAUGGCUGGGACACGGAAGCUAAGCCAGGGCAGGAUGGAAGCCCGCGGGCUCUGGUGCAGGGAGGGAUUUUGCCAAGGGGCGGUGUCAGGGCCCCUGCUGGGUGCAGGCCCUGGUAGGAGGAUGGGGUGGUACCCUGACCCGGGUGAUCGCCCUCCUGCACCAGGGAACCCUCAGCUGACCUGGGCCCACACCUGGCCACGUUGUCCUUUAUCCCCGGAUAGAGCACCUCCUGUUCAGUGUGGGGUUGAAGACACCUGCGACCCGUGCCGCAGGGUCCCAGCUGCAGACUGGGAGGGCUUGGGGCGUUUCCUGUCAGUCCGUGUGCUUCAGGACAGGUGCCUUGAAGGGACCCUCCUGGGGUGUCUGGCGGCUGCAGUGAAGGAAGUGGAGGUGCUCAGCCCAGCUUGUGUCUCCUGGUUGCUGCCCUGUGGAGCCUCAGAGCCUCCAGGUGUCCCUUUCGUUCUACUGGGGCGCUGCUGAGCUGAGCCAAGCCGGCCUGUGCCGCCCGGGCAGGCGUGGAGUUUGCUGCCACAGACGGUUGUGGGCAUGCCAGGCCACUUGCCCAUGGGAAUGAGAUGAGGGCUUCAGGCAGGCGGCCAAGAAGACUGCUCAUAGGAAACGGCACCGCCCACCACUCCAGUCAGAGACAGGGUCCAAGAUGCCCUUUUUAAGCGGGGAUCUGACGAGCUUUUCUCUACUUGUGUCACUAACGGACCGUUUAUCAUGAGCAGCAGCAACUCGGCAGCAAACGGAAAUGACAGCAAAAAGUUCAAAGGUGACAGCAGAAGCGCCGGCGUCCCCUCCAGAGUGAUCCACAUCCGGAAGCUCCCCAUCGACGUCACGGAAGGAGAGGUCAUCUCCCUGGGGCUGCCCUUCGGGAAGGUCACCAACCUCCUGAUGCUGAAGGGGAAAAACCAGGCCUUCAUCGAGAUGAACACGGAGGAGGCUGCCAACACCAUGGUGAACUACUACACGUCGGUGACGCCAGUGCUGCGCGGCCAGCCCAUCUACAUCCAGUUCUCCAACCACAAGGAGCUGAAGACCGACAGCUCUCCCAACCAGGCGCGGGCCCAGGCGGCCCUGCAGGCUGUGAACUCGGUCCAGUCGGGGAACCUGGCCUUGGCUGCCUCGGCGGCGGCGGUGGACGCAGGAAUGGCGAUGGCUGGGCAGAGCCCCGUGCUCAGGAUCAUCGUGGAGAACCUCUUCUACCCCGUGACCCUGGAUGUGCUGCACCAGAUUUUUUCCAAGUUCGGCACAGUGUUGAAGAUCAUCACCUUCACCAAGAACAACCAGUUCCAGGCCCUGCUGCAGUACGCGGACCCUGUGAGCGCCCAGCACGCCAAGCUGUCGCUGGACGGGCAGAACAUCUACAAUGCCUGCUGCACGCUGCGCAUCGACUUUUCCAAGCUCACCAGCCUCAAUGUCAAGUACAACAAUGACAAAAGCCGCGACUACACGCGCCCAGACCUGCCCUCCGGGGACAGCCAGCCCUCCCUGGACCAGACCAUGGCCGCGGCCUUCGGUGCACCUGGUAUAAUCUCAGCCUCUCCGUAUGCAGGAGCUGGUUUCCCUCCCACCUUUGCCAUUCCUCAAGCUGCAGGCCUUUCCGUUCCCAACGUCCAUGGAGCCCUGGCCCCCCUGGCUAUCCCCUCGGCGGCGGCGGCAGCUGCAGCGGCAGGCCGGAUCGCCAUCCCGGGCCUGGCAGGGGCAGGAAAUUCUGUAUUGCUGGUCAGCAACCUCAACCCGGAGAGAGUCACACCCCAAAGCCUCUUUAUUCUUUUCGGCGUCUACGGCGACGUGCAGCGCGUGAAGAUCCUGUUCAAUAAGAAGGAGAACGCCCUGGUGCAGAUGGCGGACGGCAACCAGGCCCAGCUGGCCAUGAGCCACCUGAAUGGGCACAAACUGCACGGGAAGCCCAUCCGCAUCACACUGUCAAAGCACCAGAACGUGCAGCUGCCCCGCGAGGGCCAGGAGGACCAGGGCCUGACCAAGGACUAUGGCAACUCACCCCUGCACCGCUUCAAGAAGCCGGGCUCCAAGAACUUCCAGAACAUAUUCCCGCCCUCAGCCACGCUGCACCUCUCCAACAUCCCACCCUCCGUCUCCGAGGAGGAUCUCAAGGUUCUGUUCUCCAGCAAUGGGGGCGUCGUCAAAGGAUUCAAGUUCUUCCAGAAGGACCGCAAGAUGGCACUGAUCCAGAUGGGCUCUGUGGAGGAGGCGGUCCAGGCCCUCAUUGACCUGCACAACCAUGACCUCGGGGAGAACCACCACCUGCGGGUCUCCUUCUCCAAGUCCACCAUCUAGGGGCACAGGCCCCCUUGGCCGGGCCCGCUGGCGACAACUUCCAUCAUUCCAGAAAAAAGCCACUUUAAAAAGCAGCUGAAGUGACCUUAACAGACCAGAGAUUUUAUUUUUUUAAAGAGAAAUCAGUUUACCUGUUUUUAAAAAAAUUAAAUCUAGUUCACCUUGCUAACCCUGCGGUGACGGGGACAGCUCAGGCUCUUGGUGACUGUGGCAGCGGGAGUUCCCAGCCGUCCACACCCGGGGCCAGACCCUCAGGGCCGUGCCUUGGUGGGGCCUGCAGGUGGGUGCCCCGACCACAACUCGGCUUCCUUGUGCCUUAAAAACCCUGCCUUCCUGCAGCCACACACCCCCGGGGUGUCCUGGGGAGCCAAAGGGCGGGGGUCACACCAGAGAAAGGCAGGGGGCCUGGCUGGCUCCUGCAGGAUCAUGUACCUGGGGCUCCCCGGCCGAGGCUGCGACUCCCCAACCCCAGCCCUCUAAUCAAGUCAUGUGAUUCCCCCGCCCUGCCCCCAGGGCCUUCCCUGCUGCCCCGGGGCGGGCUCCCCACUGCUCCAGCUGCGGAGCUGGUCGUCAUAAUCUCUGUAUUAUAUACUUUGCAGUUGCAGACGUCUGUGCCUAGCAAUAUUUCCAGUUGACCAAAUAUUCUAAUCUUUUUUUCAUUUAUAUGCAAAAGAAAUAGUUUUAAGUAACUUUUUAUAGCAAGAUGAUACAAUGGUAUGAGUGUAAUCUAAACUUCCUUGUGGUAUUACCUUGUAUGCUGUUACUUUUAUUUUAUUCCUUGUAAUUAAGUCACAGGCAGGACCCAGUUUCCAGAGAGCAGGCGGGGCCGCCCAGCGGGUCAGGCACAGGGAGCCCCGGUCCGAUCUUAGACCCCUGAGCUUCAGGGAGGGGCGGGCGCGUCGCCGCCUCUGGCAUCGCCUCCGGUUGCCUUACACCACACCUUCACCUGCAGUCGCCUAGGAAACUUGCUUUCAAACUUCUUCAGGGUUUUUUCCUUCAAAUUUUGGACCAAAGUCUCAUUUCUGUGUUGUGCUUGCCUCUGAUGCUGGGACCCGGCAGGCGGCCGCUCCUGUCCUCACUGUGCUGUCUCCCGCCCCCGCGUCCUGUCCCGGGGGCUCUCCUAGGACCCCCUUUCCAUGAAGAGUGUAACAAGGGUGUAAAUAUUUAUAAUUUUUUAUACCUGUUGUGAGACCCGAGGGCGGCGGCGCGGUUUUUUAUGGUGACACAGAUGUAUAUUUUGCUAACAGCAAUUCCAGGCUCAGUAUUGACCGCGGAGCCACAGGGACCCCACGCACAUUCCGUUGCCUUACCCGAUGGCUUGUGACGCGGAGAACCGAUUAAAACCGUUUGAUAAACUCCUCCCUUGUCUAGGCCUGUGUUCGCUGUGGACGCUGUAGAGGCAGGUUGGCCAGUCUGUACCUGGACUUCGAAUAAAUCUUGUGUAUCCUCGCUC